UACCUACGGCUUUCUAAUCAACGAAAAUUCUGCGGGUUUGGUUCUUAAAGCGAUAAAAAUGAUGAACGUUGAUGAUCCCGCAAUCUUCGUUCAAUGGGAUGCUAGAGGAUUUAACGAUACCACAACAGAAAAUUGCCGUAACGGCGUGGCCAGACAAACUCUAACAGCUAACGAAUCUUUUAGGCUAUAUUACUAG